GGGAAGAGGGAACUGACUGUCAUAUCCUAUACUCCAGUGUACAGAUGACCUGGCCUGGGCAUGGCAACUUUUAACUACACAGGAACCAGUCAUUCACUCUUUAUUCUGCUGGGCAUCCCUGGCCUGGAAGACCAACAUGCAUGGAUCUCUCUCCCCUUCUUCAUUUCCUACCUGGUUGCACUCUUUGGAAACAGCAUUCUCAUCCUUGUCAUCAUCACUGAACGCAGCCUCCAUGAACCCAUGUACCUCUUCCUCUGCAUGCUGGCUGUGGCUGACCUCAUCCUGUCUACUACCACUGUGCCCAAGGCUCUGGCCAUAUUCUGGUUUCACGCUGGAGCGAUUUCCCUUGAUGGAUGCGUCACUCAAAUCUUCUUCAUCCAUGCCACCUUCAUUGCCGAAUCGGGGAUUCUGUUGUCCAUGGCGUUCGACCGCUAUGUGGCCAUCUGUGACCCACUGCACUACAGCACAGUGCUCAGUCACAUGGCGAUCAUUAGGAUCGGCUUGGCUGUGGUCCUGAGAAGCUUCUGUGUGAUACUCCCAGAUGUGUUCCUGGUGAAACGGCUGCCUUUCUGCCGCAGCAACGUGCUGCCGCACACCUACUGUGAGCACAUGGCUGUUGCUAAAUUUGCCUGCGCUGAUAUUCGUGUCAAUGUUUGGUAUGGCUUGUCUGUCCUUCUCUCCACUGUAGUGCUUGAUGCCUUGCUCAUCUUGGUCUCCUACAGUCUCAUUCUUUACGCAGUCUUCCGCCUUCCUUCCAGAGGAGCCCGGCAAAAGGCUCUGGGCACAUGUGGGUCCCACCUUGGUGUCAUUUCCAUGUUUUACCUGCCUGGCAUUUUUACCAUAAUUACCCAGAGGUUUGGGCACCGCGUUCCUCUUCAUACCCACAUUCUACUGGCCAACGUCUGCAUGUUGGCCCCUCCCAUGCUGAAUCCCAUCAUCUAUGGGAUCAAAAUCAGGCAGAUUCGUGAGCGUGUGCUUAGUACUUUGGCUUCACAGUGGAAAUUCUGCUAAGUUGGAUGAAUUAAGUGGCGUAUUUACCACACAGAGCUUUACAUUGUUUUAUCUACUUUACAAAGACUGAAGAAUGAAUCAAGACUUCCAUGGAGAGUGUACAAAGUGACUUGCCCUGACUUUCAAAGUCACUUUGCCAUGUGAUCCAAGAAGGAUAGUGUUUAGGAAGCAUGGACUUUUGGGUCAGGAUUGAAUUCUGACUUUGUGGAUGAUGAUGAUGGUGGUGGUGGUGGUGGUGGUGCUGCUGCUGCUGAUAGUGAUCUGUUGGACCUUGGGCAAAUUACUUAUUUUCACAGAAACUCUUCUUAGGAUAUGUUUGGGACAUCUUUAAAAGAGGGAUGCCCACACCAAAGUAACUAAAAGAACAAGAAAAUUUUACUUACAAUGAAUUUUACUAGUGCAUCCAAAUGAAAACAUUCACAUUGAAUCUAGAUUAAUGUAAUUGUGUACAUAUAUUUAAUUUUACUAAAAAUGCAUUUAAGUUGGAAAUUUGAUGUAGUAUGUAGUUUGAUGCAAUAGAAAGCCAUUCCGUGGGGUUUGUAUGUGCACAUGCACUUAUCUUAGUUGGGAAGAUGACUCUAUGAAUAUCUUGCAUAGAAGAAAGCAUCAGGUUUAUUAUUAAUUUUUUGCAAAGUGAUAGAUACAUUCCUCUUAUUUAUUAAUCAUUGCUUUGAUAUUAGAGGU